UUUCUGCCCGUCAAUCUUUUUUCGAUAAGCUAAAACACGGUAGUAGGUGCAGGAAACUGUGCAUCUCGAGAAGGUACGUAUGCAAACGCCCGAUAAGAUCGAAUAAGAGAAAAAACGAAAAGCACGAAAGACAAUAAGGAUGGGUCACAAGGGACGAAGAAGGGUAUACUUUGUUCACGAUCUCGAGCUGGAACCGAGCGGGGGUAUGGAAAGUAGUGCAACAAUCUUAUAGGAUAAGAGGAACAGGAAAGAUAUACUGGCCUAUACACCUCAAAGAGCUGAAAAUUGUCGUAAUACACACGUCCAUCCUUAUUGGCCUUCACCCCAUUGGAUCUCGGGAUUGAACGCCCACUCCUGAGGUAGAGCCCAGCUCUCUGGCAAAGGGGCCGAAGGUGGCGGGACAGCAGAGUAAGCCGGGGGUGGCAUGGGGUACAGCUUUUGCUGCGAGAGGGUGUGACGUUUCCGGGAAGAGUAGUCAGGGUAGACAUCUGAGCCGAUGUGGAAGCUCGGACUCUCAGAGUAGGGGGUGGCUACCAUCUGCUGACGGGGGAAGAAAGAGGUCCAGUCUUUUCUGUCGACCUCGCUCGACGAGGAGGAAGAGGAGAUGUUUCGCGCGCGCUUGAAUGGGGAGAUGGACUCGUCUGGUAUGCCUCGCUUGAGAGGGGCGGAGGAGAUGGGGACGAGGACGGAGGCAUCGGAGAUGUCGGAGAAGGCGGCGCUGCUUCCGGAGAAAGAGCGGGGGGUACUGCAGCGGAGGGCGUCGUUGGUGGAAGAGGAGAUGGAUUCGACGCGCGGCUUGGUGGACGCGGUCGACGCCUUGGGAGUGGCGGAAGCGGCGGGCUCGGAGGCGGUGGCCUUGGCAAUCUAUGAGAAGUCCCCAACUCUCUUCGUCUCCCUCUCCGUCAAAUAAUCCUGGCACUUCUCCACAGCCUUCAACACCUCCUUCCUCUUCUCUUUCCCACUCGCCACCCUAUCCAUCAAUUUCCUCAUCUUCUCCCUAUUCCCAUCCGCCCACUUGUUCAAGAUAUCCGUCCAGCCAGCCCGGCGGCGAAAGUUGGUGAGGUCAGAGUCGACCUUGCCACGGGCGAUACCGGCGGCGACGGCGAGCUUCUCUUUUUGGGCGGCGGUUGGGUAGGGGUAGGCGAGGUUAUUGAGGAACCAGAGACGGACGACGGAGUGG